CCCCUUCCUCGCAGCCAGAUCCAGCAACACAUCCCUAGAUCCCAUUGCGAAUCAUGUCUGUCAACGGUGCAACGCCCAAGGCGAAAUACCCAGCCAAAGCCCACUGUCGGCGCGUGGCCCAGUAUCUGAUCGAUGCGGGCUUCUCACGGCAUGGAGUCCUGUACCUCGAGGCUCAGAAAACCCACAUGGUUGAAGACGACGACCAAGCCAUGCACUUUCGCCAGCGUCGAUACUUCUUCUACCUCUCCGGCUGCAAACUGCCCGACGCCUAUCUGACCUACAACAUUCCUCAAGACAUCCUCACCCUCUUUAUCCCCCCCAUCGACCCGGACAGCGUGAUUUGGAGUGGCUUGCCCGAAUCCAAAGAGGAGGCCUUGGAGAAAUACGACGUUGACGGCGUACUCUACUCAAACGAGGUCAAUGCCGCAUUAGCAGCCUACGGCCCUUCCAAGGCUGCCACCGUCUACGCCAUCCCAGAGCAAGUCUCGGAACACAUCACAUUCCUGCCAUUCAAGGCCGUUGAAUUCUCAUGCCUGAAGACGGCCAUUGACGAGUGCCGCGUUGUCAAAGAUAGCUACGAGGUUGCACUGAUCCGCAAGGCCAAUGAGAUUUCUACACUGGGACACAUUGAAGCGGCCAAGGCAGUGCUCACGGCGACCAACGAGCAAGAGCUCUACGGGGCGUUUGUCGGGACAUGUAUUUCGAACGGGGCACAUGAGCUGGCAUACCAUUCCAUCUGUGCCAGCGGCACCAGCUGCUCCACCUUACAUUACGUCCGCAACGACCAACCCUUGCGGGACCGCUUGAACAUUCUCCUCGACGCCGGCGCAGAGUAUGACUGCUACUGCGCGGACAUCACACGCACAUUCCCUAUCUCUGGUACUUUCACGCCGGAAUCGCAGACGAUAUACAACAUCGUGGACGAGAUGCAAUCGUCGUGCUUCAAGAUGCUGCGCGCAAAUGUCCGGUGGGAAGAUGUGCAUAUGAACGCGCACCGAGUUGCGAUUCGAGGACUCAAAAGUGCCGGCAUCCUUGUCGGGAAUGAGGAGGAGAUCUUCAACAAGCGCAUCAGCGUUGCGUUCAUGCCACACGGCCUGGGCCACUAUCUCGGCAUGGACACGCACGAUACGGGUGGCCACGCCAACUACGACGACCCGGACCAGAUGUUCAAGUACCUCCGUGUACGGGGUCCUGUGCCCGCCGGCGCCGUCAUCACCGUCGAACCGGGCAUCUACUUUUGCAAUUUCAUCCUGGACCCCGUGCUGGAGGAUCCGGAAUUGAAUCGGUACAUUGACAAGAACGUGCUGGAGAAGUACUGGACGGUCGGGGGCGUGAGGAUCGAGGAUGACGUGCAUAUUCUGGACGACGGUUAUGAGAAUCUGACGAAAACGCCGAAGUUAUAAUGACCCCGAGAACCCUGGGUUCUCGUGUCGGGACCGGCCCUGGGCAUGUUCUUAUGAGAUGAACCUUGACGAGCGCAUGACUACAAAUCCAGUGGUGAUCACGACCUCGCGUUGAACCGGUGUUAGGGCUCUCUUCGAAAGAGCGGACACGCUGAGAGGAAAGAAGGUUAUCGUGCUGCCUAAUAGGUAGAUCCUGCGGUUUGCGCAGACACGGAUAAAGGAGAAGCCAUCAUUCACAGUUACAUAUGGCGCCACCCACCCCAGACUUGGUAGUUACAACACCUCAUUCAAGCCCGCUUUUCCCUACCUACGUAUAGCCGAACGGUCGACAUAACGGGCCGAACCCUAGAGCAAUCUUUGGGAUUUGACGACCCUUCCAAGCCUCCCACACCGGGAAUCAACCCCCAUGAUAUUCCUAUCCCCCACAAACCGUGCAGAGAUAUCCCCGCUCAAUCCUUCCAGGUGAUGACCUUUGACCUCACCCACUCCUCCAGGCCGGGGACGCCGUUGAAGCGGCCGAAGCCGCU